AUGCCAGGUCGCAGAGAACAACAAAUUUGCAAUGGGGUUUUUGAAGAAGAAGGUGUCGCCAGAAAUCGCCUCGAUGUGCCAAAAAUUGCCAUCCCAGAGAAUCGUUGGGUUGGGGCAGAAGAAGGCGUAACCAAAAAUCUGCUCCUUGACCUACGCAGCAGAACCCAUAUUUGGUUCAAGAAUAGGGCGAAGGUUGGAUGGACGACGACGGCGAUGACGGAAGUUGCGACAUGUGGGGCGACGACGACGAUGAUAGCGGCAACAGAAUAG